GGCCCUUGAACGCUCUAAAAACAGAACGCGGGCUGAAUGUAAACAUCAGAAACUUUCAGCCUUUACGACAAAUUUUUACCUUCAAAUAAAGGCAUUACAGGAGAAUCUGGAAACACAUGUGGAGGAAACGUUGUGUCGAUGCUUUAUCACCUCAGAAGAGUGAAGUUUUUCUCCUGAACGGCCAUAAUGAAGCGAAGAACCGAUGCAGUGUUGGCGCCGCUGCAGCGGACGAAGAGACGCCAUGAUGACAGCAGCUCCGAUGAUGAAGAAUCACAAUUAUCCAGACAAGACUCCAGCCAAAAUGACUCCCUUAGUGACCAGGAGGACCAGAGACCGGGCUUCUCCAGACCCUCCGUUUCUUCAUCGUCAUCGUCGUUUGAUGCACAAGAGACAGAUAGUCAUGCCUCCUCUAAGUUCUCGAUGUAUAACAGUGUCUCGCAGAAGCUUAUGGCCAAAAUGGGCUUCCGAGAGGGCGAGGGUUUGGGGAAGUUUGGCCAAGGACGCAAGGAGAUUGUGGAGGCCUCCACCCAGAGAGGGCGCAGGGGUCUCGGCCUCACCCUGCAGGGCUUUCAAGGAGAGCUCAAUGUCGACUGGCGUGAUGAACCAGAGCCGAGUGCUGUAGAACAAGUCAACUGGUUCCCUGAAUGCACCACCGAGAUCCCAGAUGCAGAUGAGCUGAGGGAUUGGAUGAUUCUCGGCCGGCAAAAGCUGAAGAUUGAAGAUGAGACAGAGUUUUGCACAGAGGAUCUCCUGCACACUCUUCUGCGGUGCAAAACAGUAUUUGACGACCUGGAGGGGGAAGAGAUGAGGAGAGCACGGACACGCUCCAACCCUUAUGAGACGAUAAGAGGAGGCAUCUUCCUCAACAGAGCGGCGAUGAAAAUGGCCAACAUUGACCACUGCUUCGACCAUAUGUUCACCAACCCAAAGGAGUCUCAAGGGAAACCCGUGACGAAGGACCGCGAGGGCGAGCUUUUAUACUUCGGCGACGUGUGCGCGGGACCGGGGGGCUUCUCGGAGUACAUACUGUGGAGGAGACGCUGGCACGCCAAAGGCUUCGGCAUGACACUGAAGGGACCCUGCGACUUCAAAUUGGAAGAUUUCUAUGCCGCACCGAGCGAGCUGUUCGAGCCUUAUUACGGUGAGGGCGGGGUGGACGGAGAUGGGGACAUCACUCGGCCCGAGAACAUGACCGCCUUCAGGAACUUCGUCAUGGAGAGCACCGAGCGACGGGGGCUCCACGUCCUCAUGGCAGACGGGGGCUUCUCUGUGGAAGGACAAGAGAACAUCCAGGAGAUUCUGAGCAAGCAGCUGCUGCUCUGUCAGUUCCUCACGGCGCUGUCUUCGCUCCGGACAGGGGGCAACUUCGUCUGUAAGACCUUUGACCUCUUCACUCCCUUCAGCGUGGGCUUGGUCUACCUGCUCUACCUCUGCUUUGACCGGAUCUCUCUCUUCAAGCCGGUCACCAGCAGGCCGGCCAACUCUGAAAGGUACAUCGUGUGCCGCGGCCUGAAGCCCGGUUCCGACGCCGUCAGGGAGUACAUGUUCAAAGUCAACUUGAAACUGAACCAGCUCAGGAACACAGACACAGACGUGACCGAUGUGGUUCCUCUCAGCAUCAUCAAGGAAGACACGGACUUCUACCGGUUCAUGGUGAACUCAAACGAGAGCCUCUGUGCCGUCCAGAUCAAAGCCUUGGCCAAGAUCCACGCUUUUGUCGUCGACCCGACGCUUUCGGAGCCGCGGCAGGCCGACAUCAGGAAGGAGUGUCUGAAGCUGUGGGCGGUCCCAGACAAGGCCAGAGUCGCCCCGGCUUCUUCAGAUGCAAAGUCCAAGUUCUAUGAACUGAUUAAGGGUUCGGAUGUGGAGGCGUUCCAGUGUAAGCUGACUCCCCUCACCUCCACCACCCUGGAGAAACUGCGUCACAUCCUGGACCACAGGUGCAUUGUGGGAGGCGGGGAGCAGAUCUUCCUGCUUGCGCUGGGGAAAUCUCAGAUAUACACGUGGGAUGGAAAGCUGCCCGUGCGCUGGAGGAAGAUGGAAAAUUUCAACCUGGAGCUGCCAAGAGAUACACUUCUGAGUGUGGAGAUUGUCCAAGAGCUGAAGGGCGAGGGUAAAGCUCAACGUCGAAUCAAUGCCGUCCACGUCAUGGACGCACUAAUCCUGAACGGCACUGAUGUCAGAGAUCAGCACUUCAACCAGCGGAUCCAGAUGGCUGAAAAGUUUGUGAAGGCCGUGGCGAAACCCAGCCGGCCGGACAUGAACCCAAUCAGAGUGAAAGAGGUUUACAGGCUGGAAGAAAUGGAGAAAAUCUUUGUCAGGCUAGAGAUGAAGGUCACCAAGAGUUCGGGGGGCGUCCCCCGACUGUCCUACACCGGCAGAGAUGACCGACACUUCCUCCCCACGGGCCUCUACAUCAUCAAGACCGUCAAUGAGCCGUGGACAAUGGCGUAUAGUAAAAACUCCAAGAUGAAGUUCUUCUUUAACAAGAUGACCAAGGAGUCGACCUACGAAAUGCCGCCAAACUCUGCUGCUCCGUUCCAUGUUUGCCACUCUGAGAGACUCUUCUGGGCCUGGGUAGACGGGGUCAUAGUUCACGACUCUCAGACCCGGAUGGACCCUGAGAAACUGUCCAAAGACGACGUGCUGUCCUUCAUCCACCAGCAUUAUCAGCCCUGAAGACUCGGAGGCUCCGGAUGUCACCGGCCACAUCAUGUCCACAGAAUGCACUAAGAGGUGGAGCAGAAAGAGUCCUGGAAACGGGAACAUUGCAGUUUAUUCAUUUAUAUUUAAUUUGGCAGUAAGAGAAUGGCUUCACAGCUGAUCGCCGUGAGUCUUCUCUUUUCGUUGUCUGGUAAAAUAUCAGUUAAACUGCUUUAUGACCCUUACCUCACUCCUCCAUAUUAUCAGAGAAGUCAUCUGGUUGCUGCUGGAAUUUCGCAGCUGAAGAGAUUUUUUUUUUUUUUUGUUGCUGUUUGUUUGCUCCUGUUUCUCGUUCUCGCAUUGAAUUAUUUCAAUUUCAGGACUUUUGACGAGCUGGUUGGUCUUUGUGAAUAAUAAAGAAUGCAAUGUACGUCAUCACCACCUUAUGGAGACUGGUGCUGCUGUAGUCUCUCAGCUGAGCUGCAUGUCCCUGUAGGUCCAGUUUUUCUAGCCUUUCAAGCAUUGGGUGUGUGCGUAUGCGUGUGUACAUACAAUGCAUUAGCAGCGACAGUGACCUGGGAUCCACGCCUCUCUCAGUAAACACAGUCUUGUUCGCUUGUUGUGCUCCUGUUUUGAGCUUGACCGUUCUCCAGAAGACCCAAGCAUGUGGUAGCCUGGGUCUCCACGCAGAAUCUGCCGCUAAACCCGCAAAUACGAAGCCAGUUUUAAUGUUCAUUGAAGUGACAGAUGUAGCAGCUUCCCCCUGUUGAUACUUCCAUCUCUCGCCAAGCAUGUAUGUGUGUUCGCAAAUCUAGAAGGAAUUCUAGUAGUUUUCAUAUUGUUUCUGUUCUUCUGAUAUGAUUGUGCCUCCGUGUUAUCAGUUUUGUUCUCAAAAUGCUGCAAGUUGGUUUUUUUUCUUCUACUUCAUGUAACGGGCUCUGAAUCCAUUUUCAUGUAAAUAAAAAGUGUUAAUAAAUGAUUUUUGUUCUUCA